AAUUUAUAAAGGCAUUGAAUCGAGUUUAUAAGUUACAUACUUAUAGUCAACGUUAUAAAAGCUACUAUGAUUCCGUAACUUUCUAUGUAUGAAUCAAGUUCAUUUUCGCAAUGCCACACUGUCUUUCCUUCAAGCCAGCUUCUCCGGAGGCCUCUAACGGCGAAGACCCUCAUCCCCAUCCUUCCACAGAAGGUGUGGCCUCCACUUUUAACCUCAGCCAUGAGCUGACUCGCGCUUUUCAAACUCCUUCCCACCACGACAUACGUUCACGCCUUCUUGAGAUCGACCCAACACCAGAAAAUCUCGAGCUGUUUCUCUCUCAAGAGCUCAAACCAAACAAAGAAAGCGUUCAAGAGGCUCUUAGAGACGCCAAGCAAACUUCACUCACCCAACUCGUCUCUACUUACUUCCAACACAGCGAAAACGCUACCCGCUUUUGCUUGAAUCUUUACCAAAACGUCCACAGUGCCCGCUGCCACCUCUACACACCUCUCUCAGAACUCUUCCACGGUGAUCCUGCCAUUGACGAGUUCUUCUGUAACUUGGCAUUCGAUGUUUUCCUUAAGCUGGACACUUUUGAAAACCCUUUCCCAUCUCCUGACUCUCACAGCUUUCGAGACACCAAAUUAUGCUUAAACCAGCUGAAGGACAAGCUGGACACCCGUCUCCAUAAGUCUAACUCACGGGUCCGCAUCCUCCACCAUGCCACAGUUGGUUCUGCCUUAUGCCUUGUUACUGCUGUGGUUGCGGUUGCUGGUUCUGCGGCUGUUAUUGCCUAUCAUGCACUUCCCACUCUUGUUGUUGUUGCAGGGCCCUUGUGCAGUCCCUACCUCCCUCACAGUUUCAAGAAGAAGGAGCUCACUAACAUUUCUCAGCUCAAUGCUGCUGCCAAGGGUACUUUUGCACUCAACACAGAUCUUGACACCAUUGACCGUCUUGUCUCCCGUUUGCACACGGGGAUUAAGAACGACAAGCUUCUCAUUCUACUUGGAUUGGAGAGGGGGAGGGACGUGUAUUCAAUUCAGGUAUUUGCGAAACAGCUUCGCAAGAGCCAUGUUAACCACACCCAUCAACUCAAGUUUCUUGUGGAUCAUAUUUGCCGUUGGUUCACUAACGUUAACAAAUCCAGAUCAUUGCUCCUUGAAGAGAUCCUUAUUCCCCGAACGUAAGCUCCACUGAUUCACUGACGCUUGUUAGUAGGUCAUUACCUAAAUUUACGCUGGGCAGCCAUGGUAGAGAGACCAAAUUACUGCAAUCUCUUGAGUCAAAAAUCAAUGAAGGUUACAAGGUCAGUGGUUUAUUGAGCGUCAGUGAUUUUUACAUAGACGUUGAGCUCUGUAGCUGGGAAUACGGACUUUUAGGGUCCUUAGUUAAUAUUGUUCAUAGACUUGCCUGCCUUAAUCAGUAGUUCGAUAUUAAAUGUUGUAUUAGUUCGUUCGAUAUUAAAUGUUGUAUUGGUUCAUAUCGGACAAUUCAUUUGUGUUGUACACUUCAGAUAGCUGUUUGACAGAAUGUAUAUGUUUGACGACUAAAAUCAAGUCAUGAAGAAUUAUGAAA